AUGCCGCUAGUUCGCAACCCCAUCCUCCCCGGGUUCAACCCGGACCCGUCGGUGCUCCGGGUCGGGGAGGACUACUACAUUGCCACGUCGACCUUUGAGUGGUACCCGGGAGUGCAGAUCCAUCACUCGCGCGACCUGGCCAACUGGGAGCUGCUGACGCGGCCGCUGAACCGCAAGAGCCAGCUGGACAUGCGCGGCGACCCGGACAGCUGCGGCGUGUGGGCGCCGUGCCUGACGCACGACGGCGCGCGCUUCUGGCUCGUCUACACCGACGUCAAGCGCAAGGACGGGUCCUUCAAGGACACGCACAACUACGUUGUGCACGCCGAGGCCAUCACAGGCCCGUGGUCCGACCCCAUCUACGUCAACUCGUCGGGCUUCGACCCCUCGCUGUUCCACGACGACGACGACGGCGGCGGCCGCAAGUACUUUGUCAACAUGCUGUGGGACCACCGCCGCCGCCCGCACACGUUUGCCGGCAUCGCCGUGCAGGAGUUUGACGCCGGCUCGGGGAAGCUGGUCGGCCCGCGCCGCAACGUCUACGCCGGCACGGACCUGGCCCUCGUGGAGGGCCCCCACCUGUACCGGCGCAACGGGUGGUACUACCUGCUGACGGCCGAGGGCGGCACGGGCUACGACCACGCGUGCACGCUGGCGCGGGCGCGCGACAUCUGGGGCCCCUACGAGACGCACCCCGCCAAGCACAUCCUGACGUCCAAGGACAGCCCCCACGCGGCCCUGCAGCGCGCCGGCCACGGAGACCUCGUCGACACGCCCGACGGCCGCACGUAUCUAGUGCACCUAGCGGGGCGCCCGACGACACAGCGUCGGCGGUGCGUGCUGGGCCGCGAGACGGCCAUCCAGGAGGUCGCGUGGGACGAGGACGGGUGGCUGCACGUCAAGGACGGCCCUGUGCCAAGCCUGCACGUCGACCUGCCCGGCGCGCGCGACGAGGACAAGUACUGGGCCGAGAGCCUGUACACGUUCGGGGCGGGGAGCGGGGAGAAUGCGCGGCUGCCGGCCGACUUCCAGUGGCUGCGCACGCCCGAUACGGAGCGCAUCUUCGAGACGACGGCGGACGGGAAGCUGGUACUGAUUGGGCGCGAGAGCAUUGGCAGCUGGUUCGAGCAGUCGCUGGUGGCGCGGCGGCAGACGCACUUUUCCUACGACGCCAAGACAGUGGUCGACUUCUCGCCGGCCGACGAGCGCCAGUUUGCCGGGCUGACGGCCUACUACUGCCGCUUCAACUUCUUCUACCUGACGGUGACGGCGCACUCGGACGGGCAGCGCGAGCUGCUGAUCAUGGCAAGCGAGGCGUCGUGGCCGCUGGGCGGUUUGGCGGCGUCGACGCUCGGCGACGCCGUGUCCAUCCCCAACGACGGCCGCGUGGAGCUGGCGCUGAGCAUCCGCGGCAAGGCGCUGCAGUUCUCGUACGCGCUGCCCGACGCUGCCGACUGGGCCGACCGGGAGCUGAAGAAGAUCGGGCCCGUCUUUGACGCCUCCAUCGUGUCGGACGAGUGCGGCGGCCACCAGGCCCACGGCAGCUUCACGGGCGCCUUUGUCGGCGUGGCCGCCUCUGACCUGAACGGCACGGCUGCCCGGGCCACGUUUGACUCCUUCCUGUACCGCCCCGUGCGCGACGAGAGCGACCGCUACGAGAUUUAAGCACUUACCUUGGGCACCUUACGUAAUUAGUUUCUAGAAUACUCUGUAAUUCUAGGCCCAACCUAACUGGAAGAAUAGGGGCGGGAGCCUAAGCUGAGUGCUGACAGUGUCAUCAUGUUGUGUGUUAUUAUGUUGUGUGCCUUAACCGCGAGCCGACAGGCGCAGGCAGCAGUACGUACGUACAGUGCGUGGCCCACCGGCAGGCUGCCUGGACACCCGAUCUAUUGUGAUGCGGUGGCGCUGGCAGUGGCGCUGGCGCUGGCGCAGACGCAGGCACAGGCCGCCGCUCAACGCUCGUAAAGAUUGCUUGGCGGGCAUGGCCGCGGGUGGGGUGCCGGUGUGGCUUGCACGUUGCAGCUCAAACUUAUUUAUGGAUUUAUUUAGCGGGAACUGGGCUGGAG